UUGUUGCGUGUUCGUAAGAUACGUUUCAUAAACACAGAUUAUUAACUAACCAUGGAAAACAAUAAAAAAUCGUUACCGACUUCUCAAGAAUUUUCAAAUGAGUUCAUUAAAUUCAUGACGUUAAAAAAUAAUAACUAUUCACCAGAGCUUUUUCCACCGCAGUCACCGGAGUUGGAAGUUACCAUUAAUUUGAAAUUGGAAAAAGAAAAAUAUUUAGAAGAUUAUGAAAGACGUAACGGAUUUGGUUUAUGCAGAGACGUGAAUCAAUACCAACCAUUGGCGCAGAUUGGCAAAGGAAGCUAUGGUGAAGUGUUCAAAGCACAUGAUAUAAAUAAUCCUGAUGUUAUAGUGGCUAUGAAAAAAAUGCUUACGUUGCGUGAAUCAGAAGGAUUUCCGAUGACAGCAUUAAGAGAAGUUCGAAUAUUAAAACAAUUAAGUCAUGAAAAUGUGAUCAAAUUGAUAGAAGUUUGUCAUACCAAAGUGUGUAAAGCAAAUAAUCAUCGCUCAACAUUUUUUUUGGUAUUUGAAUUCUGCGAACAUGAUCUAGCUGGCUUAAUAGCUAAUAGAGAAUUACGAUUUGAACUAGCUGACAUCAAACAGUUCAUGCGACAGUUGUUUAAUGGUCUCUUUUACUUACACCUAAACAAGAUUUUACACAGAGAUUUGAAAUCAUCGAAUAUAUUAGUUACAAAAAAGGGAACUCUAAAAUUAGCAGAUUUUGGCCUAUCUCGUGCAUUUAGUACACCGAAGGAAAAUAAACCAAAUAAUUUUACCAAUGGUGUAGUAACACUAUGGUACCGUCCUCCUGAGUUACUGCUGGGUGAACGUAAUUACGGUCCAGCAAUAGAUAUGUGGGGAGCUGGCUGCAUUAUGGCUGAAUUUUGGACUCGUUACCCAAUUAUGCAAGGUUCUUCAGAGUUAGAACAAUUAAAGUUAAUAAGUUCUUUAUGUGGGUCAAUAACCCCAGAGGUAUGGCCUAAAGUUGUCAAUUAUGAGAUGUAUAGAAAUAUUGCACUACCAAAACAUAAUACACGAAAGGUAAAUAUGUUUUUUAUGCGUCAUAUUAAUAGCAAACUGGGAUGUGAUUUACUCGAUAAAUUAUUAAUACUGGACCCGGGUAAGAGGUUAGACGCUGACACAGCUUUGAACCACGAUUUCUUUUGGAUGGAUCCCAUGCCAAGUGAUUUGUCUAAAGCGAUGUCUCAAAUUAAAAAUCAAUGUCACGAGUACAGUAUGCUUCAACGGCAAAUUUUCAAUAAUAAUCAAAAAUUCGCAAAACGGGCUAAACCAUAG